AGCGUGGAAUGUGAGGCGUGAGAUACAGAGGAAGACAUCUGCACUUUCAUAAUCUGCACGAGUAGCAAUUGCUGGACAGUUGGUAACGACUUUUUCAUGAAGGCGACGUUUUGAUAGACAACUGCUGCAUUUCAGCCAUGCGAUCCUUUACGACGCUGUCCAGCAAAUGGACGGCUCUACUUAUUAUUGCUGCGUUAUGUUAUUUAUUUACUCCAGCUGUUUCUGUGAAGCAUGAAAACUUCAAGACCUGCGAUCAAUCCGGAUUCUGCAAACGAAAUCGACAAUAUGCUGAUAAGGCGACCGCCCUGGGAUCACAGUGGGAGGCUCCAUACCGAAUAACGCCAGAGUCGUUGAGCUGGAAGAACGGCCAAUUGCAAGGCACAAUCCUCAAGACUAUCAACAAGCAAGGCGAGACCGUCCGCUUGCCAAUUACCAUCUCCUUCCUCGAGUCGGGAUCCGCGAGAGUAACAAUCGAUGAAGAGAAACGCCAGAAGGGAGAGAUCGAGCUUCGACAUGAUAGCAAGGCUAGAAAGGAACGGUACAAUGAAGCACAAUCUUGGGCUAUAGUGGGCGGUCUGGAUGUGAGCAAGAGCGCUACAGAAGAAAGAGAUGCUUCCAGGAGCAUCGUCAAAUAUGGUCCGGAGGGCAAAUUCCAAGCUGUGGUUACCUUCGCUCCUUUUGGAAUCGAUUUCAAACGAGACGAUAUCACUCAAAUCAAGUUCAAUGAUCGAGGCUUGGCCAACUUGGAUCACUGGAGACCAAAGGUCGACAAGCCCGAACCGGAGAAGAAAGAAGGUGAAGAUGCUCCUGCGGAGACACCAGUUGCAGAAACCGGAGAAGACGAGAGCACAUGGUGGGACGAGACUUUCGGUGGCAACACUGACUCGAAAGCUAAAGGACCCGAAAGUGUUGCCAUAGAUAUCACAUUCCCUGGUUACGAGCAUGUUUUCGGUAUCCCUGAGCAUGCAGGAUCUUUGCCUUUAAAGGAGACUCGCCAGUCGAGUGGCAACCACCAAGACCCAUACAGGUUGUACAAUGCAGAUGUUUUCGAAUACAUUAUGGACAGUCCUAUGACCCUGUAUGGCUCAAUUCCCUUCAUGCAAGCUCACAAGAAAGACUCUACUGUCGGAGUCUUCUGGUUGAAUGCAGCUGAAAUGUGGAUUGAUGUCAUCAAGGAGAAGGAAGCCCACAACCCACUCAGUCUCGGAAUUGGGUCCAAGACGGACACUAAGACUCACUGGUUUUCUGAGAGUGGAUUGAUUGAUGUCUUUGUCUUCCUCGGACCCACGGCAAAGGAGGUCACCAAGGCUUAUGGUGAGCUUACUGGAUAUACUCAGCUUCCACAAGAAUUUUCCAUUGCCUAUCAUCAAUGUCGAUGGAACUACAAUACCGAUGAGGAUGUAAAGGAUGUUGACCGCAAAAUGUCAAAGCAUCAGAUCCCGUAUGAUGUUAUUUGGCUAGAUAUCGAGUACACCGACGACAAGCAAUAUUUCACCUGGGAUCCCUUGCAAUUCCCAAACCCAACUGGAAUGCUUGAACAGCUCGACCAAUCUGAAAGAAAGCUGGUAGCUAUCAUCGAUCCUCACAUCAAGAACAAAGAUGGUUACCACAUCGUUGAAGAGCUCAAGAAGAAAGAUCUAGCUGUACAUAACAAGGAUGGAAAUAUCUAUGAAGGCUGGUGUUGGCCUGGUUCAUCUCACUGGGUUGACUGUUUCAAUCCCGCUGCCAUCAAAUGGUGGAUCAGUCUCUUCAAAUAUGACGCCUUCAAAGGAAGUGCAUCCAACCUAUUCAUAUGGAACGAUAUGAACGAGCCCUCGGUUUUCAACGGCCCGGAGACAACUAUGCCAAAAGACAAUCUUCACCAUGGCAAUUGGGAGCAUCGUGAUGUACACAACAUUAACGGCAUGACUUUCCACAAUGCGACCUACCAAGCUAUGCUUGAACGCAAGAAAGGCGAAAUCCGCCGCCCCUUUGUCCUGACUCGAUCAUUCUAUGCUGGAUCUCAACGUCUUGGUGCUAUGUGGACCGGCGAUAACCAAGCCAGCUGGGAUCACCUCGCUGCUGGAUUCCCAAUGAUUCUCAACAACGGUAUCGCAGGUUUCCCCUUUGCUGGUGCAGACGUCGGUGGAUUCUUUGGCAAUCCAGAGAAGGAUCUCUUGACCCGUUGGUACCAAGCUGGAGCAUUUUAUCCAUUCUUCCGCGGUCAUGCCCACAUCGAUACUCGACGCCGAGAGCCUUACCUCAUUGGUGAACCAUACACUCCCAUCAUCACUCAAGCUCUGCGUCUUAGAUACGCGUUGUUGCCUGCUUGGUACACUGCUUUCCACGAAGCCAGUGUUGAUGGCACUCCCAUCAUCCGCCCCCACUACUUCGUGUACCCUGGUGAUGAAGCUGGUUUCGACCUCGAUGAUCAAUUCUUCGUUGGAAGCACAGGUCUCCUCGCCAAACCUGUUGUCACCGAGAAGGCUGAAAGUGUUGAUAUCUAUCUGCCGGAUGAUGAAAUAUAUUACGAUUAUUUCGAUUACGAGAAGUAUACCGGCCAAGGAAAGGUUACUGUUCCAGCACCACUUGAGAAGAUUCCUCUCUUGAUGCAAGGCGGCCACAUCAUUCCCCGCAAAGACCGUCCUCGACGCUCAAGCGGACUCAUGAAAUGGGAUCCGUACACCCUAGUUAUCGUCCUUGGAAAGUCUGGCUCUGCCACAGGCGAGCUGUACGUCGACGAUGGUGAGACAUUCGACUACCAACAAGGUGCCUACAUUCAUCGUACAUUCGAGUUCUCCAACGGUGUUUUGGAGAGCAAGGACAUUGGUACUAAAGGCAAGUUGACAGACAAAUAUCUCAAGACAAUGAAGAGCGUAGGGGUGGAGAAGCUCAUCAUAAUUGGCGCACCAAAGGAGUGGGCUGAGAAGACCAGCGUUAAGGCUGGCAGGGAGGAGGCAAGGUUGGAGUACUAUGCCGAGGAAGGAAAGAAGGCUGCUUGGGCAGUAGUCAAGGCACCCAAGGUUGCCAUUGGCGAGAACUGGAAAAUCGAGUUUUAAAGAUCCAGAUCGGAGGGAAAAGGACAACGCUAUAGAUGAUUUGUGUACCAUAGAUAUUUGUAGUUAUAGGUGCUGCUAUAUCAAAUGGUAGCUUUGCGAGAGUUCGCGAGAUUGCCAAGUUCACAAGAGGGUGAUGUUUGAUAUUUGGUUCAGCCUCGUUCUCUGCUUAAUAGUACUGCCAUUCGCUCUU